AUGAACAAGGAGAGGCUCAUGAAGAUGGUUGGCGCCGUCCGCACCGGCGGCAAUGGCACCAUGCACCGGAAGAAGAAGGCGGUGCACAACAUGGCGACCACGGAUGACAAGCGGCUGCAGAGCAUGCUCAAGAGGGUGGGCGUCAACACCAUCCCCGCAAUCAAGCAGGUCAACAUCUUCAAGGACGACCUCGUCAUCCAGUUCCUCAACCCCAAAGUGCAAGCCUCCAUCGCGGCAAACACAUGGGUGGUCAGUGGGACUCCCCAGACCAAGAAGCUACAAGAUGUUCUUCCUUCGAUCAUCAACCAAUUGGCUAUGCUACUCCCUCAUCGAGGAACUCCGUUGAGAUAG